UCGCGCAAACUAAACAAACAUAAAUUUCAUUGCAUCAGUCUUUAUCUAUGAAUUGUAUUUUGAUCUAUUUCUUGCAGCUGGCUGUGGCUCCACAGAUCGCAGAGUAACCUCUAUGAUCUGUGCGUGGCCCUAACCUCAAUCAAACAGAGCAGCUUCUACCAGUGGAAUCAAAAAAGUUGGAGCAGAAAAUCUUAGCGUAACGCUACAUAGCAACAGCCAAAUAGCUGAAAUCGAGCAGCUGGAAAAAUGUCGCUGAUGUUCCGGUUAGCUGGUAGGAGAUGGGGCCCCCAGCUCCUGCAGCUAGACUCUGCCAGGGUGCUGAGCCAGGCCAGGACCGUAACCAUCAAAUGCGCCCCUGCAGUGGCGCCCCGUGACGAAAGCCACGACGAACGCAACAUGAGACUGGUUCGACCUCAGUCGCCCCAUUUGACCAUUUAUAAGCCACAAUUGACGUCUAUGCUGUCUAUCUCGCAUCGAGCUACAGGAAUGGUCCUGACAGGCUACACGGUGCUCUUUAGUAUGGCAGCCGUCUACUUGGAUUGCCCCCUGGAGCACUACAUUGAGCAGCUGAGGUGCGCCGAGAUCGGCUUUGGUUCCAUCUAUGCCCUCAAAUUCCUUAUCGCCUUUCCACUCACUUAUCAUUUCUGGAACGGGAUCCGGCACCUGAUCUGGGACACUGGCAAGUUCCUGACCAUCCGCGAAGUGUACGCCACUGGCUGGGCCAUGCUGGCGGUCGCCUUUGCCACCGCCGCUGUUGUUUCCGGGAUGAGUUUUUAAAUGUUUUUUUUGUUAAUUUUGUGCAAAUAAAUGGAGCGAGUGGUUGAA